AUGGCUGUCAACCAAAAGCUCACUGCCCUCGUGCAUCAAUACGAGCGUACUCAUCCACGAUCCAAGGAGGCCUACAGCAGAGCUAAGAACGUUUUACCAGCGGGAAGCACUCGAUCUGUGCUUGUCUCCGAGCCAUUUCCGCUGGUGUUAAAGUCAGCCCAAGGAGCUCGUUUUACCACGAUCGAUGGUAUAAAAUUCGAGGACUUUGUCUCUGACUUUUCAGCUGGGAUCUAUGGACAUUCUCAUCCAGUGGUCCAUCAAGCUGUUCAGGAAGCCCUGGCAACGGGUUUUAGUCUCGGGGGCAUCACGCAGAAGGAAACAGAGUUAGCUGAAAUCUUGAUCACGAGAUUUCCCUCUUUUGAAAAAGUCCGCUUCUGUAACUCUGGCACGGAAGCGAAUACUUUUGCGCUUGCAACGGCGGUGGCAUAUACACAACGCAGAAAGAUUGUUGUCUUUGAUAAUGGCUAUCACGGGGGAACCAUCAACUUCGGCGCAUCACAAAACCACAUGAACCUUCCCCACGAAUUCAUCAUUGGCAAAUACAACAGUAUCGAAGAGACCCGACCGCUUCUCAUAGAUGAAAUCGCCGCUAUACUAGUUGAACCACUCCAAGCCGCAGGUGGAAUGCGCCCCGCUACCCCCGAAUUUCUACAAUUCCUCCGCGAAGCAGCAACAAACAUAGGCGCUGUUUUAAUCUUCGACGAAGUGGUCACAUCCCGGUUACAUUAUAAUGGUAUUCAGGGGGCAUGGAAUAUCAAGCCCGACAUAACCACUGUGGGGAAGUAUCUUGGUGGAGGCUUCCCCUUCGGUGCGUUUGGGGGUUCAUCCAAGAUCAUGGAUCGGUUUGAUUCGUCGGACAAGAGUAUUGCUAUUCAUCAUUCCGGGACUUUUAACAACAAUAUAUUCACGAUGACUGCUGCGGUUGCUGCGUCGAAAUUGAUUACUCCCGCUGAGCUGGAGAGGUUGAAUCGGCUUGGGGAUGGGUUUCGUGAACAGGCUAAUAUCCUUAUUCAGAAGGCUGGAGUUGAUUGCAUGACUUUCAGUGGGUAUGGUAGUGCAAUUGGGGUUCAUUUUACUGGCAGUGAAGCCAGUCCAUUGCUUGAUUGCUUCUACUUUACUCUACUCAACCGCGGAAUUGCUAUUGGAAGACGUGGGUUUAUGUCUUUGAAUCUUAUGCACACUGAGGCCUCGAUGGAUCGACUUCUUGAGGCUGCGAGCUGUUUCCUGGAGGAUUUCAGUGGGAACUUUGCGACUAAGGCUAGACUUUAG